AUGCAUGACGCAAACCAGUACUGCACCGUAACCAAGAACGACGAAGGCGAGGUUUUCAAGGUAGAGGUAGAGGAGGGCGGCUGCAUCAGGCGAGAUACUAUCAAGAAGCUCAAGUACGUCUUUUCUCCACCCAGUGAUACUACAGACUCUCUCGACAAGAAUGAAGGCGGAUUACAGCGAGACAGCACAGUGCCCAAGGGUAGAGUCUCCUACUCAUCGUCUGUAGUCUACUACCCUGACGGAUCUACUUCAUCCACUGCGGUCCUUACAGGCUGCGUCCUGCAGUAUAGAGGUGGUCUGAGAGAGAGGACUCGAGGAAAUAACGGAGACCCAGCUAAGGUAAACCUCUCCCUCAAAGACGCUCUUAAGUCUAUGGAGUCCAACACUGUCAAUAGCAAGACCGCUCGUUACCUUAUCAAGCCUAAGCCGCUGACCAUCUACAUAAAGGACAAGACUACUGUCAAGGGCCCUCAGCUAGCUCUUAGACGUGCAAAAGGCGUGGAGAAGGUAGAGACUACAGAGUUCUUCAUGGCAGGCGGCGCCUUAGCCGAGCUUGCUAUAUUAAGACUUAGUCUGGAAAGAAAGCAUGUCAGUGAUAGCACGGCAGUACUCUGGAGUAACGAGUCACUGGCUGGCGCAGGCGGCGUAUACUACUCAUUCUCCAACUACAUUAAGCGCUUUAGCGUAAAAUUCUACAGCUAG